CCUUUCCUAUUGGAUGAACAAAAUAACCUUGACGGAAAUUUUUUUAACAUGGUCAACAAAUGAAGUAUUUCCCAAAAUCGCCCGGGUCUCUAACUAUAAGAUCUAAAACAUGACACUUCUCAACAAACAAGCCUAACAUUUAUAUUAAUUCGUUCGUACUUUCUCUCAACGAAAACCAAACAUUUUUUCUAAAUCUCUCUCUCUCUCUCUCUCUCUCUCUCUCUCUCUCCGUACAGCGAGAGAUUACCCAAAUAUCUCUUUCUCUUCCUGCCUCAGUUUUUCUAUCUUUAAUAUCUCUCCUUCAACGACGUCUUUUCUCUCUAACUUGAUCAUUUCCAAACACAAUAUCGUAAUAAGAACAUUGAGAACAAUAAUGGACAUACUACUUAUCCUAAUAAAUAACUAAUAGUAAUAAUAAUUAGGCUGCAUUCGUGAAAGAAAUUUGGCACAAUAACCUCAAUCAUAUUACAACAAAUGAUACCGAAUGUCGCGUCUUGGCGGAUUCUUGCAGCUUUCCUUCCUUACUUAUAUAACUAACCUAAUUAGUCAGUACACCAAUAAACAACAUAUCUUGUCUAAUAUAUUUUUUCAUUUUUUUCUCACGCACCUAAAGUCUACCGUAGGGAAGAUGAGGAGUGGACGCAGCGGCGCAACCUACGCCAAACUGCUACCACUGUGACAUGGGAAGGCUAUUGAUAUCUUGACGACUGGACGAUGCUGAGAGCAGCAUCUCCUUACAAUGCUGUGAGCUGCAUCCCCUUACAAUGCUGAAAACACUACUGAUCUCAGCCCAAGCAGCAUCACCUCCUGAAAACUGAUGCUUCAAGUGACAAGACUCACUCAUCCAUUAACAAAAAUCUAGAUCACUUAAAAGCUAUUUGUGAAUCGUCAAGAUAACAAACACAGUACAUGUGAUUUGUAAAGUGUGUAUCAGCAGUGAAUUUACUCCACUGUAGGCUAUUUUCUCAACAAGAUAUCCUAAGAAAAAUAAGCCAAACAACAUACUGUUUGUGAGUGUAGUAAAGCUAAGAUAAACUUCAAAUGUUGAAAUUAUGAACACAAAAACCAAGACAUCCAUUACUUCUCCAGAGUUGUACAACCCCUUUAUCAUCCAUAAUGUGGGUGCAAGCUCCUUGUUCAGUGCUGGUGAUGUGAUGCCUGAUGUGCCUUUAGGCCAUAGAGGAGAAAUGUUCAUCACUUCAUCAAUUGUCUGUGAAGAGCUUGAUGAAGAGCUUAACCAGGAAACGGGUGAAAACACUCAGGUUACUAUCAUCAUCUCUGACAGUUCUGCUACAGACAAGAAUGGUGGAGUGUCCCUCACUCCUUCCCACACUCUUCUUGGUGCAAGUCCUGCACCCUGGAGUGACCCAUUUUUCUUGAGAAGGUGCCUUGAACAGUGUCUGAAGCUGACAACUCCUGAGAGGAUUGAUGUGUGCUGUUUUCUGUGCUCUGAGACAUGUAAAUCUUUCUCUGGUCUCAAGAAACAUCUAAGGGAGUCACAUAAUCUGAGUCACAGUAUCACUCAGCUCCCCAACUUGCCUGCUGAAUGUAUUUCUGAGAUUGCUAAGGAAAUCAAGAAGCUGGAAUGCAAGUGUUUGGUAUUUGUCUGUCCAACAUGUGAAGUGACAUUUCGCCAUCUUCUCAAACUUGUGCAGCACGUCCUCUUGGAUCACCCUACUCGCUGUGGGGACUUCACCUUCUUUGCAGAGCAGCAACAGAAAAGUCAUCUUGAAAAAUGUCAGAGGUGUAUGAUUUUGGACAAGUUGUGUCAUGUUGACUACGACUUAUUUGUGAGAGUGUUACUUGAGUGUGUGGAGUGUUGUGAUGAGGAGUGCAGGGCGCUGCUGCUGAGCUGGCCCCUGGCUCACUAUGCUGAGCCUUGUGAGUGGUGUGCCAAGGAGGAGGAGGACAAGGAGCACUCUGGAGACUCACCAAGCACUCAUGGUACAGAAAGAGAAGUAGUCUGCUAUAGAAUAAAGCUAGAGCACUCUGACAAGCUUUCACAAAAAAGUGCAUCAGAGUGUAUCUGUCCACUUAUGAAAUGUCCAGAAUGCCCUAAGACUCUGGCUAACUAUGCUGAUCUUCGUAAGCAUGUCAGACAGAACAACCACAGCAGUUGGCAUGACUUAAGACUCAUAUGGGAGAAAUAUAAAACCAUCAAGGAAAACUGUCCUGUCUGCCCCAAGCAUUCUUACCACAAGUAUAUACUGUGUCCUCACUGUCCACACCUAAACUUUGAGAGCGAGAGGGAUGCCCAAACCCACAUGAACUCCCACCACAACACUCAAGCAGGGAACAAGUUGCAUGGUGUGUGUACUUGCCCUAAUUACUUUUUGUGCCUGAAAUGCAACACUUCCUACCCCACUCCUCAGAGUCUCCACUGGCACAUGAGGCAGAUGCAGCACGAGACGCCAGAGAACCUCGCUGCCAUCCCGGCCAUGAUACAGGACAACAUCGGGAGCAGGGAGGGGUGCCCACACUGCUCCCUGCAGGGCUUCCUCAGUGCCUCAGGGUCACUGCAGAGGGAAGAGAAAUGCAGCUGUCGGUGGGCAGAAUGCUCCACCUGCAAGACUUCCUUCAAGAGGGUGGGUGGUCUGCUGGAUCACAUUCUGAGGGCCAAACACCCCAUGAGUGCUAGAGAUAUCAGGAAGGAGAGACAAAAGGUAGCAAGCUCCAUGAUAACCUGCCAGAGGUGCUGCAUUGAGGCCAACAAGUACUGUGUAUUGUGCCACCACAAGGAAAACUUUAUGUACACUCACCUGAGGACACUACACCAGGACUGCCAAAUCAUGCUGCUCAGGGACCACUGUGGAAAUGUCCUGGAGGAGCACCACCAGCACCACAUGGGAAGCAGCGUGAGCCGAGGUCCGGCCAGGUAUCAGUGCAGCGUGUGCCACGUCUGCCACCCACGGGUCAGUGAACUGCUGUGUCAUGUUCGCCACCAACACCCUCACUGCCACUUUACUCUGCUGUGCCUGGACCUCAGUGAAGACAUCCGGCAAGUGAAGGAUCUCGCUGGCCAUGACCACCUCAUGCUUCUGAGUGUGGUUGACAAGAAACUUUGAUAUCAUAAACAUGCAAUGGGAAUGUAUGAAAGUAGUGUCAAUAUAUUGUAAUUAUGUUUAUUUUGUGAUAGCUUUAAUGUAUACUGUACUUAUCAUUGCUACAUUUUUCCAUGGAACUAUAAAAGAUGCAUCUAAAUAUAAAUAUAGAAAUGCUCACUUA